GUCGCGGUCGCAGUUUCAAUCGAAAAACAAGGAAAUGGGUGAGGAAACACAAGUGCAAAGUUCGGAGGCUUCGUCGGCGGUGAAAGUUCAGUCUGCUCAGGAAGAGAUAAAGCUUUCUGCUGUAGAGAACUCGCUAGUCGCAAACGAUGACAUUAGUGCUGUCACAACCUCGGUCGCAGUAACUAACCAUAUCGAUCCAGAACCCGAACCUACUCCACGAUCGAUUGAAACGGCGAAGGUAGCUCAGCCUGUAGCAGCGGCCGUCAAUGUCGAAUCGAAUGUUGCUCCAUCAUACGUUUACGAUGCAAUUGCCAGAAUCGCACCACAAGAAGGUUUUACCCCAGGUCAGUUUCGGGUCACCUUCGAGGUCGGUUCUGCAAAAGGCGAUGGAUUCGUGGCGGAAAUGUUUCGUGCUCGGAUUGUCGAAGGCAGCCGAGAGAUGGUGAUUCUGUGUAAGAUUCCGCCAACCAACGAUGUUCGACGUAAACAAUUUAAUUCAAUGGCAAUAUUCGAGCGAGAAGUACUCGCUUACUCCAGUUUGAUACCGACGAUAUACGAGUUUCAGCGGGAUAAAGGUAUCACCGAUGAGCAAGGGGUUGGAUUCUUUAACACACCUCACUGUUAUUUCGCCUACUGUGAUUUGGUUGCGGAGCAGUCUGUCAUCGCUAUGAAUGAUUUGCGGUUAAAGGGCUAUCGAAUGUGGAACAAGAUGAUACCGGUUAACUAUGAGCAUGCCAAGUUGUUGAUGAUUCAGCUAGGUAGAUUGCAUGCUGUGUCAUUUGCUUUGAAGGAUCAACGCCCGGAGGUUUUUGAAAAGUUCAAAGUACCGGAUAUAAUGACAACUGCCUUCGACGAUAGCGAACCUUUCAAGCAGAUGAUGUUUAUAUCAGUAGAUCGAGCGUUGACAACUCUUGAAGAGCAUGAAGAGAAAGUUCGUCAGAAAGUGUUGAAGAUGAAAAAUACUAUGUUCGAAGACAUGGUCACGUUAACUAAAUCAGAGAUGGCAGAACCGUAUGCUGUGCUCGGUCACGGUGAUUGCUGGAUUAACAACAUGAUGUAUUCUUAUAAGAAAGGAGUUCCAACGGAAGUGAUCUUGCUUGAUUGGCAAAUUUGUCGCUACGUAUCACCGGCGUUGGAUUUGCUAUAUUUCCUGUUCUGCUGCACAGAUGGCGAAUUCCGUGCCGCUCACUACGACGAAAUGAUACGCAUCUACUAUGCGUCACUCAAAACGCUGCUGGAGAAACUUGGCGGGGAUCCAACGAGACAAUUCCCGUACACGGCCCUACUGCGGCAGCUGAAACAGUGCGGCAAGUUCGGGUUGAUUAUGGCGGUCUUCCUGGUGCCGAUGAUGUGCAUCGAAAACAGCGAUUUGCCCGACUUGGAUGCCGAGGCCGAAAAGUUCCGGGAAACGCAAAAAGUUGAAAUGCCGUUCGUCGUGAAUGAAAAGGCCGAGGCGAAAUACCGAAAGCGAAUGUCGGCCGUCAUUAGGGAUGUGAUUAGAUACGGUUAUCUGUAGCCGACGGGGAAUAUUGUUAUAGCGAGAAAAAUUAUUGAAGAUAUUGAAUGUCACCUUUACGUUGCCGGAUAAGAGGAGUAGCAAUACGAGUAGAUUUGAGUAUUUUGUGAAAUAUACCGGCGCUUCGAGACCUGAUAAAA